AUUAAAACUUUAAGUGUAAUAUUUUUAUAGUUUUGGGUUUAUAAGCAUUCAUGUCGAAUAUAUAUUUAAAUGAACCUCCAACUAAUGGAAAAGUUCUUUUAACUACAACUUUUGGAGAUUUAGAUAUUGAACUAUGGUCAAAAGAAUGUCCAAAAGCUUGUAGAAAUUUUGUUCAACUAUGUAUGGAACAUUAUUAUGAUGGUAGUGCAUUUUUUCGCAUUAUAAAGGGGUUUAUGGCUCAAUGUGGAGAUCCAACAGGAACUGGGACGGGAGGAGAAUCAAUAUAUGGGGCAGCCUUUAAAGAUGAAUUUCAUCAAAGAUUACGCUUUACGAGGCCAGGUUUAGUAGCGAUGGCGAAUGCUGGACCCAACGAUAACAAUUCUCAGUUUUUUUUCACCCUCGGUCCAACACCCGACUUGCAAAAUAAGCAUACAAUAUUUGGCAAGGUUUCUGGCGAUACCAAAUACAACAUGCUGAAGUUAAACGAAAUUCAAAUAGGCGCGAAUGAUAGACCUAUACAGCUGCCAAAGAUCAAAAAGGCUAUUAUCUUAUCCAACCCGUUUACCGAUAUAAUCCCCCGUAUUUCUCUCGAACAGAGGCAAAAAGACGAAACCAAUAAGAAAGUUACAACGUCUCCCAAAAAAUUGUUGGCCUCCAAACGCUUAAAUUUGCUUUCCUUCGGCGAGGAAGCUAUGGAAGAGGAGAUAACCUUUAACCAGCAGCAACAAUCCGCUAAAGGCGUGAGGAUGGGCAAAAGUAGCCACGAUUUAACGGACGACCCCACGUUAUUAAAGGAAUCGCUCAACCCGACUUAUGUAGAUGGGAUGGAACAAGAUCUCGUCAACGAUAACUUAAAUUUCAAGCCCAAACAUAAAACAGAGUUAAAUAUGGUGGACAAAAACAAACUCGAAACUAUAAAAAACAAAAUUGUCAGCAUACAAAAUCUUAAUCCCGAUAACGAAAAAUUGAAGAGGUUGGGGGUGGAAUACCUGGAGGAGGAGGCCGAAGAUGAAGAAUCUGAUGCGGAGUAA